AUGUACAACCUUAUACCACGUUAUACAAUAUAUUGUUACGUCAGCUUUUCCCCUCCGCCCGCCUUGAGAGUAUCGAGAGUUGAGAUCCUCGUGGCAUCCCCCCCAGCCACAAACCAAGCAAUUUUCCUUCCCCUCCCCAUCCACUUCCAUACGUUCCUCCCAGCCCUUUCAACUUUACAUCGCAUCUCCAUUUCCCCUGGAGAUCGUCGUUCUGUCGCAACCCCAGACACCGGGAUUCCCGAAGUAGUGCAGCAGGGGCCCUUCCAGCCCACUGAAACAAACGUUUUGGAGCAUCGCAGCAUCGCGUCGCAGCGGCUCGUCGCAAUGGCGACGGCGUCUCUCACACAGACCGUGCUGCGAUGCCGUCAGCCGUCGAUCGUCCAUUGUGUUCGCCAAGCCAACAGCCAUAGCCAAUCCUCACUCUCCCAUCGCCAUUCCUCAAUUUCUCCGUCACGCAACCUCUCGUCCCUACACAGCAUUUCGACAGCCAUCUGCCGAGCAUGCACUCACGCGAUCCUUCCAGGAAGUUUUCAUAGGCAAUCCCAGGGUUCACCCUUGACUUUCUGUCCCGGCCAUGCUUCACUUCCCAGCCUGUCCGUGCGCGCCUCGGCGUCGAAUGCGCCGGCAGUUGCGGAGGAAUUGGCGGAGAAGACGGAGAAAGCGGAGAAGGGGGAUAAGAAAGCUGCUUCGCGGGGACCGUCGGCGGCGGGUCCGCCUGCCCCGGGGAAAGCGGGAGGUGCGGGGGGCAAGGCGGAACUGAUCGACGUGAGCCCGCCACGUGGCACUCGAGACUUCCCCCCUGACGACAUGCGACUGCGCAACUGGCUCUUCGGACAUUUCAGACAGGUAUCGCAGCUAUUCGCGUUCGAGGAGGUGGACUACCCGGUGCUGGAGUCGGAGGAGCUGUUCGUGCGCAAGGCGGGCGAGGAGAUCACCCAGCAGCUGUACAACUUUGAGGACAAGGGUGGCCGCCGCGUGGCUCUGCGCCCCGAGCUCACGCCCUCGCUCGCCCGCCUCGUGCUGCAGAAAGGCAAGUCACUGGCGCUGCCGGUGAAGUGGUUUGCGAUUGGGCAGUGCUGGCGCUACGAGCGCAUGACACGUGGCAGGCGCAGGGAGCACUACCAGUGGAACAUGGACAUCCUCGGAGUGCCGGGAGUGGAGGCGGAGGCAGAGCUGCUGGCAGCAGUGGUGGCGUUCUUCACACGCGUGGGGCUCUCCUCCAAGGACGUCGGCAUCCGCGUCUCCAACCGCAAGGUGCUGCAAGAGGUGGUGGAGGGCAGUGGUGUACCAGCUGACAAGUUUGCAGCAGUGUGUGUCGUGGUGGACAAGAGGGACAAGAUAGGAGAGGGGGCGGUGGGGAAGGAGCUGGCAGAGUUGGGCGUGGGGGAGGCGGCAGCACGGGCCAUCCUCGCCACCAUGAACAUCUCUUCCCUAUCGCAGCUAAGAGAGCACAUGGCAGCGAAUGGCGGCCAGGAGGGUGGCAGUGCAGCGGUGGCUGACUUGGAGCGGCUCUUCUCCCUCGCAGAGGCACACGGCUUUGCGGAUUGGCUCGAGUUUGACGCCUCUGUUGUGCGCGGCCUCGCAUACUACACCGGCACCGUCUUUGAGGCGUUUGACAGGGCGGGGGAGCUGAGGGCCAUCUGUGGAGGGGGGCGGUACGACCGCCUGCUCUCCACCUUUGGGGCUGCCUCCGACACGCCCGCCUGCGGCUUUGGCUUUGGGGACGCCGUCAUUGUCGAGCUUUUUAAACAGAGGAAUCUUUUGCCAUCGCUCCAACAGACAGUCGAUGACAUCGUCGUUCCUCUCGACGAAUCACUCAACGGCGCGGCUGCAUCAGUGGCAGCUAGACUGCGCCAGAAAGGCAGGCGGGUCGACCUGGUGCUUGAGAACAAGCGGCUGAAAUGGGCGUUCAAGCAUGCAGAGAGAGUCAAUGCACCAAGGAUGAUCAUUCUUGGUUCAUCAGAGUGGGAACGGGGGGUGGUCAAAGUGAAGGACCUUGCUGCUAGGGAGGAGGUGGAAGUUUUGAUAGCAGAUGUUGCAUAG